UCAGCCUCCCGCCAUCUCGAGGCAACUUCUUGUUUCCCUGUCACUCUGUGCCAGCCCUGGGGUUGUGUCCUUGCGCUCCACCCCCAAAAUCUUCCCAGGGCUCCGUCCCAGAAGGUCAGAGGGGCCAGGAUGGUGGACAUUAUCGCCAAACUGACCAGGAGGCAGAGUCGGGCCGUGCGGGCACAGGUGGACGAACCUCCGGAGCCCGUGUACGCGAACGUAGAGAGGCAGCCUCCGGCCACUUCGCCGGGCGCUGCCGCGGCCCCCCACCCCAGCCCGGUGUGGGAGACGCACACGGACGCCAGCACCGGGCGCCCCUACUACUACAACCCCGACACGGGCGUGACGACCUGGGAGUCGCCCUUCGAGGCUGCCGAGGGCUCCGCUAGCCCAGCCACCUCCCCGACCUCGGUGGGCAGCCGCGAGAGCCUCGAGACCGAGUGGGGCCAGUACUGGGAUGAGGAGAGCCGCAGGGUGUUCUUCUACAACCCCCUGACCGGGGAGACCGCCUGGGAGGACGAGCCCGAGGACGACGAGCUGGAGAUGCAGCCAAGCCUGAGCCCUGGCAGCCCCAGGGACCAGAGGCCUCCCACCCCCGAGACGGACUACCCCGAGUUGCUGACCAGUUACCCGGAGGAAGACUAUUCCCCCGUGGGCUCCCUCGGUGAGCCCGGCCCCACCUCUCCCUUGACCACACCCCCCGGCUGGUCUUGUCACAUCAGCCAGGACAAGCAGACGCUUUACACCAACCACUUCACCCAAGAGCAGUGGGUGAGGUUGCAGGACCAGCACGGGAAACCAUACUUCUACAACCCAGAUGACUCCUCCGUCCGGUGGGAGCUGCCCCAGGUCCCUGUCCCUGCCCCUCGAAGCAUCUGCAAAUCCAGCCAGGACAGUGAUGCUCCAGCCCAGGCCAGCCCCCCUGAGGAGAAGAUCAAGACCCUGGACAAGGCAGGGGUGCUGCAUCGCACCAGGACGGUGGACAAGGGAAAGCGGCUCCGGAAGAAGCACUGGAGUGCCUCGUGGACAGUGCUGGAGGGUGGUGUCCUGACAUUCUUCAAGGACUCAAAGACCUCAACUGCAGUAGGCCUGAGGCAGCCUUCCAAAUUCUCCACCCCUGAGUACACGGUGGAGCUGAAGGGGGCCUCUCUCUCCUGGGUCCCCAAAGACAAAUCCAGCAAGAAGAAUGUGCUAGAGCUACGGAGCCGCGAUGGCUCAGAGUACCUGAUCCAGCACGACUCAGAGGCCAUCAUCAGCACCUGGCACAAGGCCAUCACCCAGGGCAUCCAGGAGCUGUCCGCAGACUUGCUGUGCGAGCGCGAGCGGAGCCCGGUGCCGCGCUUCGUGCAGCAGUGCAUCCGCACCAUCGAGGCACGCGGGCUGGACAUCGACGGGCUGUACCGCAUCAGUGGAAACCUGGCCACUAUCCAGAAGUUGCGCUAUAAGGUGGACCACGAUGAGCGCCUCGACCUGGACGACGGACGCUGGGAGGACGUGCACGUUAUCACCGGCGCGCUGAAGCUCUUCUUUCGGGAGCUGCCUGAGCCCCUUUUCCCCUUCUCACACUUCGGCCCAUUCAUCGCGGCCGUCAAGUUGCAGGACCAGGCCCAGCGCAGCCGCUGUGUGCGUGACCUGGUGCGCUCCCUGCCGGCUCCCAACCACGACACGCUGCGGCUGCUGUUCCAGCACCUGUGCCGGGUGAUCGAGCACGGCGAGCAGAACCGCAUGUCGGUACAGAGCGUGGCCAUCGUGUUCGGGCCCACGGUGCUGCGGCCGGAGACAGAAGAGACCAGCAUGCCCAUGACCAUGGUGUUCCAGAACCAGGUGGUGGAGCUCAUCCUGCAGCAGUGCUCAGAUAUCUUCCCGCCUCACUGACUGCGGACCUGGGACUGGGGACCGCUGGAGGCCACCCAGCUGGACUUCAGGAGACCCUCCGCCUCCCACCG